AUGACUAUCGGAUUUGAAAUACCAGUAUUUGGUGCGAGUGCUGCUUCCAAAGCCAUCGAAUUAGGGGCAUCACGCAUCGAGCUGAAUGCUUCAGGAUCGUACUCAGAUGGAGGCUUGACACCACCGCUCCAUGAACUGAAAGGUUCUUCGUCUGUCAGAGUUCCACUACGGGUUAUGAUCAGGCCCCGUGGUCCUCCGUCAGAACCCCAAGCCCGUGACUUCAUCUACUCCGACGAGGAGUUUGAGCGAAUGGAGGCUUCUAUUCAAAUGUUCAAGGAGACAGGCUUACUAAAAAAGGAACAUGGCGAUGGCUUUGUUUUUGGAAUCUUGAAGGAGUCCCAGGAUAUUGCUGAGGCUAGUACUGGCAGGAGGAAAUGCUGGGUUGAUAAAGAGAGAUGCAACCGUCUAGUUGAAGCUGCUCGCCCAUUCAAAACCGUAUUUCACCGCGCAUUCGACGAAAUCGUCAGCUGUGAUGAUGCUGGGAUAGCUAUCGAUAAUCGGCAUGCUUGGCGGGUAGGGCUGGAUGAUCUGGCAGCGUGUGGCUUUGACGCUAUACUCACAUCCGGCGGACUCGGAAAUGCCAUCCAGAACAUAGAUAUGCUAGACAGAAUCAUCACAAGAGCAGAGGUUCUUAGAAUUGAGAUCAUUGUUGGUGGUGGAGUUCGAAAACACAAUAUUCAGCGAUUGUCUCAGCAGUUAAAGCUAAAAGAAAGGGGAUCAACGACAUAUGUCCAUUCGGCAUGUCUUUCUAGCACUGAGUCCGAGUGUGUUGAUGACGAUGAAGUUAUUGGUAUCCUGUCACACUUGGGAUAG